GAUGCGAAUUAGUACCAAAGUCGGAACCACACGCGCGCCUGGUAGCACCAAUCUUAUUGGGGCUUGAUUAAGCCUUGACCCGCGUAGUUAAUGAGCGGCGCACCAGUUAAGCUUCCGAGCCGGCAUUAGCGCCGCUCUCGGCACGACCCCUGGCCACCGCAACGCCUAGUCGUCCCUAGGACGUCAGGAAACCGUUUCGAACCCGUUUUCAGCCGCCUAGAAGUUUUCAAGUGAAAGAACGAAAAGGAAAACGGGGAUUGUGAAAGCCGUCUGGAUACGGGAAGACAGAAAAGGCAAAUCUGGCGUUUUCAGAAAGCGGCUUCACCCGGGCCGCGUUCCUACUGGUGCAAAGUCGCUACUAUUUGGGGUCGCAGGGGCUACCAUGGUGAAAAUAGGCGGCGCACGGCUCGAGGACGUGUCGCCGUUCUUCCACCUGCCGAUAGAGGAGGCGGCGCGGGAGCUGGGCGUGUGCUCCAGCGCGCUCAAGCGUCGCUGCCGGCGAUUGGGAAUCAAGCGGUGGCCGUUCCGAAAGGUGCGCAGCAUGAGCAACUCACUAUCGCGUACAAUGGAGGGCAUGUGCAACGUGGGCGCGGGGGGGAUCGUGCCGCCCGAAUACCUCCAACCAGACGCCGCCACGCGUCUCGCGGCGCAGGUGGCCGCGGCGAAUCUAAUCAACCUGGACCAGACGCGCCGGCCGCUACUGCCGCCCAUCAGCCGCCCGCUCAUGGGCGGAAGGGGGGCGGUAGGCGCAGCAGCCGCGCCAGGGGGAGGCGCGGGGGCGGGUGCGGGUGCAAUGAUUCUGCAGAUGGGGGGAAGCACAGGCGGGGGCAGAGGCGGAGGCGGAGGGGGGAAUGGGGAGGGGAACGAGGCGGGGGAAAUUGUGCUGUAUAUGGGGGGAAACGAGUUCGGGGGAGCUUCGGAGGGCGGUGUUCCGACGGAAGGGGAUGAGGAGCAGCGGGCGUGGGACGGGGGGGAAUUGGAUGGUGGCUACUAUGGCGACGAUACUACUACCUGUCAAGAAACGGUGGGGGAGAGAGGGCCAUCCCUGAUGCUGUCUGUCAUUCGCCAUGCCGCCGCCAGCAGAGCCGAAGCCGACAAAGAGUCAGCGGGUUUCGACAGAGAGUUGCCAGGUUACGAGAACACCCAUUCCCACCUCGCCUUACCUCAUUCCAACCAUUCCAACCUCUCCUUUCUACGGCCGCCCCACCCAUCCCAGCUCUCUCACCCCCCUCCUCAGCUUACCCUUCAACUUCCCCGCUCGCUCCUCCCCAUGCCGGCACCAGUUCCGAAUCCAACCAACACUGCCACCACUCCCGCCGAUUCCGCUCCCUCUUUCCCUCCUCCCUUCCCCGCCCCCUUCCCUCCUCCUCUCCCUGCUCCUCUCUCGUUCCCACCUCCCCCCUCCUCCUCUCACCCUCCUCUCUCCUUCCCACCGCCCCCCUCCUCUCUCCCUCCCAUCCGCUCCUCCUCCUCCGAUCCUCCGAGCCGCCUCCUUCACAUCGACCACUCGCGAUUGGUGCUGCCGCCAGCUGCUGACGUCAAACCACUUGCUGCUGCUGCUGACGUCACCCGUCCCUCCUUCCAGCCUCUUUCCCUUCCCAGCGUUACGGCUUGGUCCCGACCCCCCAGCACUCCCGGAAAGCUGCUCUUGCCGUCGAAUGAAGUUGCCUGUCAGUCAACUCUACCUGCCUGUCCGUCAGGUCAACUUGCCUGUCAGUCAGCUCCGCCUGCCUUUCCGUCAAACAGUCAAGCCAGCGACCCAUCAAACACGCCAAUCCGUCGCCCCAUCGACCCGUCGCAUACACCCAUCAAUCCAAUUUGUACACCCGUACAUCCAAUUUCUACACCUAUAUAUCCGAUUUCUACACCUGUUAACCCCGCAGAUACAGUGCGAAUAUCUACACCCACUGUUCCACUUUCCGCAACCACACCGAUGACGCACUGCGGAUCUACACCCAGCAGAGACUUAUCCACAAUAACGAAUCCUCUUUCAGCGGGCCAUCCCCCACCUCUCAAUCUCUCAUCACCCCCAGUGCCACGGUCGCUCAGCCAUCCACCAUCCAACCAGCAGAAUCAGCAGCAGCAGGAGAAGCAGCAGCCACAGCAGCUGCAGCAGAAUUACCUGCUGCAGAGCCAGCAGCAGCAUUACCACCAUCACCACCAGCAGCACCAGCCGCACCAGCAGCACCAGCAGCACCACCACUACACUAAUCGCCACGACCAGCAGCAGCAGCAGCACAAAGACGAACGCUGCCAGCUGCAGCAUCAGGCACCAUGGCAAAGCAUGCCAAUGCUGUACCCUGGGUCACAAAACGGGCAGGAUGAAGAGUUUGAGCUGCCCGAGCCUGUCCUCCUGGACGGAUUUCACCUCCAGGAAAUUGUCCUGGAGGACGGAAGCUACUUCUUCACGCCCCCACGGGAGGCACAUUUUCCUCAACACAAGCUGUCUCCUUUUAAGGACAGGUUCAGCUCGAAGAUCGUGCAAGAGACGCCUAAUGCUGGUGAUCCUAUGGAUACUGAUCCAUCAACGGCAAUCGAAGCUAAUUCAAGCCAGGAUGUGCGCAUGCAAGAGGUGAUUGUACCAGGAGAGGGUACACCGGGACAACCCGUACAUGCUACUAACGAGGAUGGAGUGUAUCACUUGGUUCAGCAGCAAGCCGUUGCAGUGUAUACAGUUGUCGAGAAUCCUCUGCACCAGUCAGAACGGUCAGAACAGUUGGAGCAGCAGCAGCAGCUAGAGCAGCAGCAGCAGCUGGAGCAGCUGGAGUUGCGGCAUAUGGGAGAUGAAUCUUCAGGUGAAAACAACAGAGAAGGGAACAAGGCAGAGGGGAGCAAAGGCGAGAUUGAGAGUGAUCGAGGUCUGCAGCUGGUGGGUGGACAGGUGGCCUGGGCCGGGACUGAGGAAGGGGGGGGGAGCGCCUCAAAAUCCACUGCAGAAGAGGACGCAGUUAAGAGUGUUGCAGUGGGAGGGGAGGUCGGAAGUGACUGGAGUGGAGACACGUGUGCACCUGGUGCGACUAAAGGUUCAACAGAGAGGGAGAGGGAAGGAGGAAUGCCAGGGGAACUUACAGGGGAGCUUGCUUUUCCUCCUCCUCCCGACAGCCCGCUGAAGCGAGCAUACAGCUGUGUUGCCUUUCACACAGACUCGCCACUGAAGAGCGCGUUCAGCAAUCAGGACGAGAGCCUGUGUCUUCACGGCGGGGGGUUGUCUCCUGACACGCACCGGUUUCUUCAGAGUUUGGGUCUCCUGAGUAGCCCAAAGCUCACCAGUCCGGUGCUUGCAGCAGUGGGACUCAGCAGCCCGAACCUGAUCGGCUCCAGGCUCGGAAGUCCAGGCCUCACCAUGCCGAAGCUGGCACCGUCGGGGAUCAGCAGUCCGAAUCUGAUGGGAGCGAGGCUGAUCAGUCCGGGAUUCAGAGCUAGGCUCGGGAGCCCUGGCAGCGAGAGGAGGUACAACAGUCCCCCGAACCUGCGGAGUGCAAAUCUCACCAGCCCAAACCUGCUGUCUGCGAGGAGAUUCAGCAGCCCGCUCAGGUUCGGCAGGGCACGAAGCGGUUCGAGCCCAGGUUCGGGACGAGUGCAGGCCAGUCUCUUGCGAGGUCGUGGUGAAUCCCGCAGCUCCAUUGCGCCCCCGCACAGAGGCACGAGUCCCUUGCAUCUUGUGCUGCCUUUGUCGGCGCUUCUGGACUGCCGGAGCAGCAAAGAGCAGGUGGGAGGAAAGGGGGCAGGCGGUGCGCAUGGGGACGAGCAGGAAGGAGCAGACGAAGCAGGAGGCGCAGACGAGGACGGCACAGAAUCGCAGCAAGUUAUGGAGUCUCCAGCGGAGGCAGGCGAGAAGAGCAGGCUACAGGCUUGUGGGCACGUCCUCUCUGCCAGUGGCAAAACCCCAAACCGUGGCAAUUCACAUCCGCCACAGCAUAGCACAGGCACCAGCAACGGCCACAGCCACAGCCCGUUGCGGAAGGGUCGGAGCAGCAGGCAAGGGUCGCCCCUCGGAAGCACGGAACACCUUCUUGGGAGCACCAAGUGCCACGUCAGCAGCACAGGUCGGUGUGAGAGCCCUACGCUGCUGCUUUCGCCCUCUACGUGCUGGAUCCACAGCCCAUCCCGCGUCGUGGCCGGCAUUCACAGCCCAGCAGGGCUGGUGCUGAAGAGCCCAACGAGUUUAAUCGGCCUUCAGAGUCCUGCGCACUUGAGGAUUCACAGCCCUGGAAGAGUGCGUGCAAGAAGAAGCCCAGGGAGGCUGGCCGGAAGUGCGGGGAUUGCUGGGAUUCAGAGUCCUUCCCGGCUCAUCCGAUUCCACAGCCCUUCUCAGCUGGUCAGAAUUCACAGCCCAUCGCUGCUUCGGAGAAGCCCGUCCAGGUUCAGUGCACUGUAUAGCCACAUACACAGCCCUGCGACUGGACGGCUUCGUAGUCCUGGGACUGGGGCGUUUCACAGCCCUUCUAGGCACGGCAGCACUGUACAUAGCCACGUGUGCACCACCUCUGGCAGCGGAGGGGUCCAUAGCCCGUCCAGGUUCUGCACCACUGUACACAACACUGCACACAACACUGCACACAACACUGCACACAACACUGCACACAACACUGCACACAACACUGCACACAACACUGCACACAACACUGCACACAACACUGUACACAACACUGCACACAACACUGCACACAACACUGCACACAACACUGCACACAACACUGUACAUAACACUGUACAUAACGCAACACAUAGCCAGGUACAUAGCCCCUCCCAGAUGGGGGGGUUCUACAGUCCAUCCAGGUUCGGAAAGGAGAGAAGGGCGCAUGUGAGCGUGCUGCCUUGUCGGGAGAGGGAAGGGAGCGGAGGGAAAGGCGAGAGAGCUUCGCUUUUGGGUAUGGAGCCCAUGUGCCUCGACGGCGGUACAGGUGGUGACUGUGGGACAGGAGGUAACUGUGCGACAGGAGGUAACUGUGGGACAGGAGGUAACUGUGGGACAGGAGGCGACGGUAGCAAAAGGAGUGGCGAUCGCAUGUGUGGGUCAGACUGUCCCUCUGCAGGCAUUGCUGUGGUGAAAGGUGGUAAUCUGUUGUCCUCACAUGCGGCUGGUGCUUCUGGCGAUGGUGUUGCUGGUGCUGGUGGGACCAUUUAAACUGGCAUAGAGGAUGUAUUCAUACCAGAUGCUCUAUGAGUAGAAAGUAGAACGCCAGAUUGGUGUUGGUUGGCACAUUAUCAAUUUGAAGAUAGAGGCUAUGCUAUCUGUAGGGCUGAGGAAAGCCCUUAGGAUCUUUCCAGAGACUAAUUCCCAUUUGU